UACGCUUAGCUAGCAGACGACUAACACGGGAAUGAUUGUUUUAGUGGACAUACAUGGAGUAGUCACCUGCCCUUUCUUUUAUCUUUUAUAAAGCUUACAAUGAAUUUUGUUUGUUUUUAAACCUUGGCGGAUAUUUGGCUUAAUAGGUGCUAUAAAGGUCAAAAGCUUAAAACCAUGAUUCACGAGAAAGAAAGAAUUUCGCCACAUAUCUUCUGAACGAGUCUGCGCAUUUUUAACGGUCCAAUCAAAUUAUUUGUUAGAAGCACCUGCACAGUUUGUCACUAAGUGAAACUGACAAGUGAAUCACAAAAAACAUAUUCUCAACAAAACUGUCAGCAACCUUGUGUUAAACCAAUAGACAGGUCAACCAUCUUGUGUUAAACCAAUAGACAGGUCAACCAUCUUGUGUUUAACCAAUAGACAGGUCAACCACCUUGUGUUUAACCAAUAGACAGGUCAACUACCUUGUGUUUAACCAAUAGACAGGUCAACCACCUUGUGUUUAACCAAUAGACAGGUCAACCACCUUGUGUUCAACAGUAAAACGACCAAGUGUUCAAAAAAGACCUAGUGACUUUAUGUAACGUCCACACAAUUAAGCUUUCAUUCAGUUUCAGACCACAAAAAAAAAAGGCUGAAACAGAGGUCAAGGUCAAGCUCAGUUUCAGAACCAAAAAAGAAGGGAAAAGAUCGUGUUCUUGUGUGCCCUUCAAGGUCAAGGACGAUGGAGUGCCGCUAUUACCGGCUGUUCUACAAGCAGCUCAUUUAUCCCUGUGAUUGAUCUGAUUGGUCAAUUUGAAAAUAGCAUGGACUUGAACGUUUUUUCCCGGUGCCCCUUGUGCUCUAAGAUCACGGCAGUCACGUGACCAGGGCAGUCUUGCAACGAACAGCCUCCUCAAAGUUAUUGUCAAAGAAUUUUUUUUUCUGACGCAUCUUCGCUUUAAAAUACAUGUUUGUUCUUCAUUAUGUCACCCAGAUGUCAUGCGUACUAUUGUGUCCCUGACAUCUACUCACCACACACUGUCAUCUGGCAUCUGGACUUUUAAAAAAAUGGAGCCAAAACUAGCAGACCCAAUGAAAACCUAGCUUUGUAUUCGAUGAUGUUUAGGAAGUCUAGCAGUAUGUGAGGGCUUUUCUUGUAGUCUAAUUUUCUUUAAAUUCAUACUAGAAGCUGUGAAUAAUGUAAUAGAAGUCUAGUAUAUGCAUACAUAUAGGUUAGUCUUGGAUAGUCUUAGAUAGGUCUAGUAUUUUCUCAAUGCAUGCAAGCUAUCCUGGAUUAAGUGGGAGCUAUAUUCGAUUACGCGCUGGUUUAUUCAACAUAAAAAUGGAUAAGAAAAUUCAAUAAUUUCAGCACCAUUUGAAGUCAAAGACAUUUGGAUAUAUUGCAUGGAUAUCUUUGGAUUAAUUCUUACAUUAGGUAGCUUAUAUUCUUUUACAUAGUUGCAUUGAUCAAUUAUUUUUAACGAAUAAUCAUACAAUGUCGAGGUAUUUUUGUGUUACUUCAGAUACUAAAAUGUGAUGUUCAGCUCAGUUCAAGCUUUUUAUUUCUUUUAUUACGAGUUGAAUUGAGUUGCAGCAAUUAGGAGCUGAAUUGAGUUGCAGUAAUUGUAAAAUGGAAAUGAUAGGUCUGCUAUCUUCUGGAAGAUCUAUUUAAAUACGUCCACCACUUGUCCAUUAAAGUUCUAGCUUCUGGUCUACAAAUGGAUGUGAUGACGUUUCUUGAGGCCAGCACUGAGAGCCUCGAUACAACGUCCAUCUUUAACUCCUCCUCUCAGUACGUUACAGCCUCUCAGCUCGGAGGCGUCACCAAUGCGUCAUUGGGUUACUAUGGCGGCAACCACACGACCAGAGGCAUGCACAUCAUGGAGGAUGCGGAGAAACAUCGCAUCAUCAUCAUAUGUGUCAUCAUGGCAUUCACAUUGAUUGGCAACCUAACUAUGAUCAUGGUGUUACUGUGCAAGAGGUCAAGGCGGAUCAAGAGGGUCAACAUACUGCUGGUCAACUUGGCCAUUGGUGACGUGGCGGUGGCCCUAUUUGUCAACUCCACUGAAAUUUUCUUCAUUGCCUUCGGAGAUUGGACCCUAGGACCUCUGAUGUGUAAGGUCAGCGUAUACGUCCAGUUGAUAUGUCUAAGCUCAACUACCAACUUGUUGACAUCUAUGAGUAUAGACAGAUAUCAGGUGAUUGUGAAACCGAUGCAGUCUCUGGCCAAGAGACCUCGGAUCUGGUUAAAGAUCGCCAUCUCCUGGAUCAUCAGUCUGAUCCUUCCCAUCCCCCAGCUCUUCAUUUUCUUACAGUACAACGACGGCCUGAAGUACGACGGCACUCCCAAGAGAAUCUGCGGCAGCAAAGGUUACACAGCCCAGUGGCAACGCAAAGCUUACUUCACCUUCACCACUGUGUACAUUCUGGUCAUACCCAUCAGCAUCAUGAUGUAUUGUUACGUCAAGAUCAUCAGAGUCGUCUGGGUCAGGGCCAAGAACGAGUCCCGGAGGCGACCCUCCUGCUUAAUACCACCACGGCCCCCGGCCACCACGCCUGCUCCUACCGCGCCGCCCAAGCAGUUGUCAGAGACCUACGAUAAAGGCGGCAAAGGCGGCGUCCGGUGCGGCUGUGACGGUGACGCAGAGAUGAGACUUCCCGUGGUCAGCUGGGCUAAGAGCGCGAAGGAGAAGAAGGACUCAAAUGACAACGCCGAGGACAAAAAGAAAGUGAUUGAUUUCAGCGAAGACAUGCACCCGGGCUCCCCCAGGAUGAGCGUGCGGCGAAGCCUGGUCACGGCGUCGAAGCGCCGAGCGUUGAUCAUGACGCUGAGCGUUGUGAUUAGCUUCUUAGUGUGCCAGCUGCCUUACUUCAUCGUGACUCUCAUCCGUAUAUACAGCGACUACAGGGUCAAACUGGAGAGCCUGAAAAUUUUUAGUGAGUUCAUGGUCAUGGUCCACAGCACGCUCAAUCCAAUUCUCUAUGGGCUCUUCACUCUCAGGCAGUACCACCUGAAAUUCCUUUUCUCCAUCCUCACGUGUUCCAAUAGAGCAUCCCCUACACCUGGCGCCCGAGCAUCGCCUUCCUUGGGCACCAGACAAAGCUCUUUGGACGAACGCCACCAGUUGCUGAACAGCGUCCGUUCAAAGUUCACACUGCGCACUAACACUUGUGACAGCGGAAUCGUUUCACACACAGGAAGUGACCAAAAAGUUCCCAAAAAGAGUUUCCGACGUGAAAAGCACCCAAAGCAAAUAGCCUCCACUACGGCUGUCAUGGUGGUAUCUUCUUCCCUUUCACAGCCAUCUAGUGCGUCCAUCUCCAUCUUGAACAAAUUCAAAUUUAAAAAGCUACCUCCAUACUCCAAAAAGACAAGAGCGCACUUCAAAGGGAAGCAACACAAAGACACAUUACUCUUUGCCAACUCGGAUGCCAUCACAUUAAAGAACAAACGCAGAUCAAAGUCUAUCGAAACCGAGCCUUCGGAGGUGGACAUCUCAAUCUCACCCGAGUACCAUCAAGACUUCACCGAAAGCGGCGCCCUCAUAGCCAACACCCACAUCCUUAAAAAGAACGUCUCCCCUACAUCUUGCCCCACCGUGGGCGCCACAGCCAACCGCAGCAAAACAGAGAAUACAAAACAUGUUUUCGACAUGCAUUCUACUUUUUCGGAAGUCGACGAUUCGGACAAGUCCAUCCACUGGAUUCCUCAGGAUGACCAGUUUAUAAUUGGUGGGUUAACAAGAGUGUGAUAAUUAGACGAAUAUUUUCUGCUUAAUUAAUUCUUAUUUUAAUUUAUUUUGUACAAGCUCUCACUCCAAUCACUCAGCACAGCUUUUAUUUGAUGUUUCUCUAAAUGUGAUUUCCUUCGGCCUCUAACAGCAAGUUCUGUGAUUAAUGUCAUUAUGUCAUUUCAUGUCAUUGAGUGUCAUUUCAUUAUGUUAUCAGUGGAUCUGCCUGGACAUGAUAACGAUUAAUUGCUUCACUUUAAUGACAAUUUUUUGUUGUUGUUCUUUGUGCAGUUCUACAUGUCACAGAAUGUUGUAAUUAGAGUGAACGUUUGUACACAACUUUUGUGGGGAACAUUGUCUUCACAAUAGUUGUUUAGAAAGAUAUUUUAGUUUAUAUCUGCUGCCUUAGACCAUUUUAGUGGAGUUUUAUAAUCAAGUUCAUCACUUUACUGUUUUAAAGAAUUCUAUAUGAUACAUAAGACAUCUCUGUCAGAAAUACGAUCUAGACCAAACAGCGAUCUAAAAAUAAAAGGGUUACAUUUGAAACGAAAGAGUGUCAGGACUCUAUUUGAAUAGAUCACUGGCAUUACAAACAUUAAGAUGACUUGUGCUACAAAGAGAAGUGGCUGCUUAACAAUUUAAACCGGCACUGAUUGAAAUUGAACACAAGUUUUAACCACGUCCUUAUCUUGUACAUGUUCAGGUACACCUGAUAGCUAUUUAUAGACUGUCUUGGAUGGGUUAGCAUUUAUAAAAUAAUACAACUUUUUGUUUAUUUUUUUAACUCUGUAUAAAGAUGUUAAUUAAGUUCUUCUUUUAGACCUUGCGAUAGAUAUGCAGAUGAGGCCAACGGUUAACUAGAUGUCAUGUCGCCAGCACAACGACCAACCGCCUUUACUUUCCUAUUUAAGUAAGAUACCCAUUAGAGUUUGUUAGACUAAAGGGGUGCCCUAAAAAUCCCGAAAUUCAAAACCCAAGCUUUCACCAAGAUUCAAACCCAGGACCCUAUUUGAUCGGAAACCAAGCGCCAAGCGCCUAGCCACUCAGCCACCGCGCCCCCACUAUUAACUCUGUGCUACACAGUAAUCCCAUAUGACAAAGUUUAGCAAUGAAAUGAGAUCAUAAAUCAUAAGAGUCUGUUGGUUGAUUUUUAGGUCUAGCUCAUGUUUAUUUUGGCCAAUUUGACAGAUGGCCGACUCAGACAAAAAAAAAAAGAAAACUAUUUUAUUGCUCAAGAUCAGCUCAAAAUCAUUUCGAACUGGUGCUCUAAAGACAAAUUAAAAUCAUGCUCAUAUUUUAAACGUAGCAUAGUAUCAUUCACUUGAGUCGGACAAUUUUUUUUCUCAAGAGUUGCUCAAUUCAAUUGGGACAUGUUUUUCUAAAACGUAUGGGGGGCUACGGGGCAAAGAAAACAAAAAAAAAAAAAAUACAACACAAAUAAUACAACAAAUAAUAAACGUUUUUAAGAAAGUGAGUUUGAGACUCACAAACUCGUAGAUGAGUCCUAUGAGUCAGUCGUACUCACACAUAAAAAGCAUCAACAGAUUCGGAUAAUUUUCUAUUCUUUUGAAUAUCACGUGGAUUCUAUAAAAUAUUUCUGUAAUGUGUACUGGUGCUCUGUGAACUAUUGAUUACUUGUUCUUUAUUUCACUGUAACUUGCACAAGGGAAGAUAUAAACUAUUCUCAAAAGCUGUUUAAUUAAACAUAGUCUGGCCCAUAAGAGAUAGAGUUAAUUUAGAAUUAAUGUCAAUUUUUACAAAGAGAAUAAGGGUUCUAAAAGUUAGGUAAUUUUGUAUAGCCUAAAGCCUCUGCUAGGCUAAGGCAGUUGGCAGUUUGAUUGAACAAGUCACAGAAUCUUGUGUGUCCAUUUUGGUUUUCCCUCUCGAUUAAAUUAGCUGCAUAAACAUAAUAGAAAUAGAAGUAUCUCAUGUUACAUAGAAGUAUGUCAAGUUACAUAUUUUAUUUCAAUGAUUAUUAUUGUUACGAUUUACAUUUUAAAAAGCAACUCUCCUUUAUUUGUGGCUUUUUGUUAAAGAAGGGAUUUUCCCUAUUUUUAUAAGAGAUACUCUUGUCAGUCUAGUCUAUAUUGGUUUUAUACAUUUUGCUGGCAGCUUACGAUUCUAGGUCUUAAUGUCAGAUGCUGAAGAGAUGUAGAAUCAAGAAGCUAAAAAAAAUGUAAAGAAAGCGCCCGUUAAGGGUUUACAUUUGUUUACUUGAAAUGGUGUGGUGUCAGAGCUCCAGACGUUGCAUACACAUAUAUGCAGAUAUUAAGUAAAGAUGCUUUUCCAGGUUUUUUUUUUAAUAUUAUUUCUUCCUCAAACUGCUACAGUGUUAUCACCUUUAACCUAAUUGUAUUGUCAUUUUUUUUUAUGUCAGGGAUAUCUCCUAAUGAAUAAUACGAUUCUUGGAAUUUAAUUGUCAAGAUAUUAUGUACAGAACUGCUACAGGAGAGGUGCAAGGAAGGUGCUGGGCAGGUGCAAGGAAGGUGCUGGGCAGGUGCAACGAAGGUCUUGGGAGACCUAGACUGGUGCUUGGGAGGGCCUAGACUGGUGCUUGGGAAGGCCUAGACUGGUGCUUGGAAGGGCCUAGACUGGUGCUUGGAAGGCCUAGACUGGUGCUUGGGAGGGCCUAGACUGGUGCUUGGGAGGGCCUAGACUGGUGCCUGGGAGGGCCUAGACUGGUGCUUCGAAGGGCCUAGACUGGUGCUUGGAAGGCAUAGACUGGAGCUUGAGAGGGCCUAGACUGGUGCUCGGAAGGCCUAUACUGGUGCUUGGGAGGGCCUAGACUGGUGCUUGGGAGGGCCUAGACUGGUGAUUGGGAGGGCCUAGACUGGUGCUUGGGAGGGCCUAGACUGGUGAUUGGGAGGGCCUAGACUGGUGCUUGGGAGGGCCUAGACUGGUGCUUGGAAGAGUCUAGGAAGUUGGUAGAUAAGUGCUAGCGUAGGUUCUUGGUUGUUGUAAGAUAGGUGCUAGAUAUGUGCUUGAUAAGUGCUAAGUAAGAUCAAAGUAGGUGCUAGGUAGCUUCUAUUGUAGGUAUCAGGUAGGUGAUGGGAGGUGCUACGUUGGGGCUAGACAGAUGCUAGGGUGGGGCUGUGGAGGUGUUAGGGUGUGGCUAGAGAGGUGCUGAGAAGGUUCUAGGGUGUGGCUAGAGAGGUGCUGAGAAGGUGCUAGGGUGUGGCUAGAGAGGUGCUGAGAAGGUGCUAGGGUGUGGCUAGAGAGGUGCUGAGAAGGUUCUAGGGUGUGGCUAGAGAGGUGCUGAGAAGGUGCUAGGGUGUGGCUAGAGAGGUGCUGAGAAGGUUCUAGGGUGUGGCUAGAGAGGUGCUGAGAAGGUGCUAGGGUGUGGCUAGAGAGGUGCUGAGAAGGUGCUAGGGUGUGGCUAGAGAGGUGCUGAGAAGGUGCUAGGGUGUGGCUAGAGAGGUGCUGAGAAGGUGUUAGGGUGUGGCUAGAGAGGUGCUGAGAAGGUUCUAGGGUGUGGCUAGAGAGGUGCUGAGAAGGUGCUAGGGUGUGGCUAGAGAGGUGCUGAGAAGGUGCUAGGGUGUGGCUAGAGAGGUGCUGAGAAGAUUCUAGGGUGUGGCUAGAGAGGUGCUGAGAAGGUGCUAGGGUGUGGCUAGAGAGGUGCUGAGAAGGUGCUAGGGUGUGGCUAGACAGCUGCUAGGUAGGUACUGGGGAAGGGUUGGUGAGGUGCUAACUAGUCUUUACUUUCCCCGACGAAUUUCAGACUCGGGGGCUCAGUCUUCAAUGGGAUUCGAACUCGUUGACCUAUCAUUUUAUCAUUCGGCUUAGAAGUGAACAGUAGAGACAUUUCUUGCAAAUGUCAAGUUAUACACAAAUUUAGGAACAAAUGUGUUUGUGUGUAUGUAUGUAUAUCAAUGAAAUGUCUUAAAGCACAAAAUGUCCAAACUGACUCUAGCAUGAUAUGUGUCUCUUAUGAUUCAUUGUUCUUAUUUGAUACAACUAUAAAAAAGAUUGCCUUCAAUUAAAGCGACAGUAGAUUUGAUCUCACAAA